AUGACAGGGGAGGCAUUUACUUCCAAAGAUCCAAAGAAGAUCGAAGGGGCUCCUACUUGUUCUGCCAACUACCAAGCUAUUAAUGAAAGUGGGUCACUCCAAUCUCGCACUAAAACAUCACUAGGCAGUGAACAAAAAGAUACUCCACCAAACCCACCAUCGUUGCCGAAUGAAGUUAUUGCAAACAAGACUCCAUCCGCGACUUCAACCACAGUUGAUGUUGAGAUAGAGGACCACCGCAGCAUCCAAGAGUUCACAACUCUCCCUACGGGUAACAAUGUUCGGGACUCUUCCCCUGUUCCUACGGUUGGGGGAUCUUCUAAUGGGCAGCAUCCAAGCAAGCAUAUGAGUGUUCCACAAACUAAGCCCACACCUGCAAAGCCAUGGAGCUAA